AUGUCCAACAAGAAGGCGAGCGCCACUGGUCCAGGUAGUGCAACUGCUGAGAGACGAAAAGGCCAAUGUCGGAAACGCCCGAUAGAAGCGACCGACCAAAUAUUGGGUGUUGUCGAUGAAACGGAUUAUUCCGGACCCGUAGUGAAUUGGAACACGUUGGCCAAUCGGAAUUGGGGGAUGCGAUCCGUGGUGGCGCAGUUGCCUCAUCAUGAAUUGGACAGCCUGGUGGGUUGGGCCACUCAUCACGUGACAGCGAAUAAUACCAAGAGUACUCAAGUUUCCAAUCCACUGGAAAUGGGAGAUGAUCCGUAUCCACCACUUCCCUCCCAUUUGGAGUAUCUCCAAGAAAUGGCACGGGACUAUGUGUCUUCUCAACUCCCCAAGGACAAGAAGAAAAAGAAGAAGGGCAACGAUCCGUUCGAACAAGUCUUGGAGAGCUUGGAUACAUCCGCUGCCGUGACGAUGGGUCAUGUGUUGGAAAACAUGAUCACGGCAAACCUACUCCCCUUGGCCGAGCUGCACGUACAACGAUGUCGCCAACUGCAACAACCACCACCACAACAGUGUCAAGAAUGGACAUUGCCACCAGAGGAAGCCAUUUCGCAGGUUCGACUGGCAGUGAAAGAGCCACAUCACCACCACAACUCUCUGACAUCGACUAGAACCCCAUCUCGUGUCAUGUUUCCACCCACAAACAACAACGAACAACAAGUCUCAAUGGCCCAAAGAGCCUCCACCGAAUUUUGCCAACGGCAGCAAUUGGAACCCAAGUUUGUACGGCAAAACAUGGAUCUCUACGACUUGUUUCUACCCUGUCCACCACCGGAACAGUUGGAUCCAACCGUCAAGAUACACAGCAACAAGAAGAAGACUAGUAACAAGUAUAAGUGA